AUGUCACAUAAAGCUUUAUUUAAAGGAAGGAGGUUUGAUAGAGAUGGUACUCCAUCCAAUUCCUCGAGCAGAGCUCAAUCAGUGUCAAGAACUCCUUUGAGAUCUGACGAUUCAGAUUAUGAAAGUGAUGCUGAAGAACAAGAUUAUAUUCGAAUUGAAGAAUUAUUACGUGAAAAAUUAUCAAAUUUACAUCAACAAGAAGUUGAAUUGUCUAAAGAAGAUCGUAUUAGUGCUGGUGAUAGACGUCAACACGAGGCUUUAAGUUUGAAUAGAGCCAGAAUUCAAGAAAGUUCAAGUAUUAAUGAUAUUAUUUCAUCGUUGGAAUUCUCGAGAAAUGAUGUUUCCCUGCAAUCCCGUGAAUUAUUAUUAGCUCAAUUGUAUAAAAUUAUUGUUUCAAAAUCAUUGGUUGUUUAUAAUGAAGAACAUACUAGUACCCCAGAUUAUGUUGAUGAGGACAAAGUUUCAAAAUUAAUCAAUGUUUUCACUACUGGUAACUAUAGAAGUGAAUUGGAAUUCUUGUACUUAUAUCGUGCUUUGGUUGCAUUGAUUUGUAGUGAUAUUGAAGAAUUUGGUGUUUUAGUGUCAACAGAAUUACUUAACCAUAUUGAAAAGCUUAUCACCGAACCAGCCAAUAGUAUUGUUACUAAUGAAAAUAAAGCUCAAGUUAUUUCUGGUUAUGUUACUUUAACUUUGGUUUUGCAUAGUGGCGCUUCUAGUUUUGGUAUUGAGGAUCGUGUUGCCAUGUUGAUGGAAAUUGGAGAAGGUUAUACUGCUAGUGCCACUACUUUGAAAAAAGAGGUUGAAUCAGGAGAUCGUGAACAUUCUACAUUUAUAACCGACAAAAAUUUAGAUAAAAAGUUGAUUAAUGAGGCUAAUAGUAAAGUCAAUGCCGAAGCCUCGGUUGCAGUUGCCGCUAUCCAUGGCGUUGGUUGUUUAUUAACAUUACUUCCACAAGGUGCAUUUUUGAAUGAAAUUGUUGAAGAUUUGAUGUUUAAAUUGGUUCCACUCUUGGAUAAUGAUGAAGAUAGAGAUAUUGCCAAGGCUGCAGGAAGAACCAUUGGUGUUAUUUAUGAAUUGUAUGAUUAUCGUCAAAAUGAUGAUGAGGUUAAUGACGAAAACUAUGAUGAAGAUUAUAAUGUCAAUUCCCCAUAUUAUGAACAAGAAUCACUUCUAGCCAUUUUAACCAGAUUGCUUAAUUUAUCAUCCAAGAAAGUUGCUAAAAAGGACAAAAAGGAUAUCAGUUCUGUAUUUAGAAACAUUUCUAAUACCAUUCAUGCCUAUACUAAUCCAAAAGAUAGAGAACAAAUUUACAAGAGAACUCCGGACGGGCUUGAAUUGCUCGAAACCACAACUGAUCCGAUCUAUAUCAAAUUAUCCAAAUAUAGAUCAUUAAAAAUCAAUAGUUGGUUCCUUUAUUUUAGAUUGAAACAAUUAAGAUGGUGUUUUAGUUUUGGACUCCAUAAUCAAUUGGUUAGUAAUGAAAGCAUUAGAGAUGUUUUGAAAGAACCAGAAAAUGAAUUCCAUUAUGGUACACAAAAUGAGAUCGAUGAAAGUUUACUAGAUGAUGAUAAUUCUGAAUUCUUACAUGAAUACAUGGAUCAGAAACAUUCAAAUGAUGAAAAGACUCGUAAUGCCAAAAGAAAGAAGGAUAGAAUGGUCAAAAUUGGUGAACAACUUGAAGAAUUAAAUUUGACUACAUAG